CUCUUCGCAAGCCCAGAACGGAUGGACCUGCGCUGUUUCUUUGUCGAGCCAGGUUUGGGAGGGUCACUUUUUGGCAGUUUGAUUAUUGUCACCGCAACAUCAAAGAUUCCCGGCCAGUCCCUACCCUGGACAAUCAACAGAUCCUCUCCAGCAUCCUUUGGCAUCUGUAUCUUGAAACAGCCCUUGGCCAGGGUCCUUUCUUGCUUGUUGUUCUGAUCUCAUCCCAUCUCAUCCGGCUCCUCGGAAUCCUCCCCUGACGACAUUCCAAGGCACGCGUCCUCCACGUCGAACUGUCGCCCACGUACCCAGUUGGACGCCCUGGUCCACUUUCUCAGAGAAGGUAGCGACAGGGUCGCUCUGACCUACAACUCUGACUUCAACCCAACCUCUGCCCUCCCGAUGGACUGAGCACCAGCCUGGUGUGGCAAUGUCGAGGCUCCGGCAUUGAAUGACGGGGAAACUGUAUAUGAAAGAGACGGGACAGGGGCCGUGGCACCUCUCUCGCCAUGCCUUACCGACAGAAUGCGUCUGCAACCACACAGUCUAGCAGUGUGAAGGCGACCAAUACGAGACCCGACGACUUGGAUAACAGUGGUGUCGCCGUCGCAGCAGUCGACACUCUUCCCUCGUCCAAGAAGCAGCCGCCCUCUUCCUUCCCGGCCGCCUCCAUGACGGUAUCGACAGCGACCACCAAACGCGACUCGGGGGACAAUGCCACCACAACUCGCAGAAGGCAAUCUUCGAUCCCCAGCGCCACGAAGACCCCAAUGGGUCCGCGUCCCUUGGAUUAUGGCAGCUUGGGAAAGAGGUCGGCCAGCAAUUCAAUAACUCCCCAGUUUAAGUCUGUACGAGGUGCCUCCGCCGUUGCUUCCCACGAUCCAUACACCAAUGAGCUAUCCAUCAAUGACAUCUCCCGAUUCAGUUUUGCAUCUAUACAGGCGAAACCUCCGACGCGAGACGACGGUGAUGGCACAUUGGAUUUUGGGGAUUUCCUGGAACCGACAUUCAAUUUCGACGAUUUCCAAGACACGAUUGUCGGCACUGAACCAAGUCUGAACCAUUUCCCGCUUCCUGGCCGCGGCACCGCCGUCAAAGCUCCUCCCUCCUCUGAGACAACCGCACCCGACCAAAAGAAGACACCCUCGCAGCCAACGAUUCCCAUACCAUCUCGAAAAGGCUCUGGUGUGAUUCCGGUAACGCGAAAGAGUUCUACGGCGUCGAAUAAUUCAAGGAAUUCUGUCAAGUCUGACUCUAUGGCCACUGCCACUACAUCAAUCCUUCGAGGCCGAAGACAGAGUCAUUUUCCGCCCAAUUCGUUCAAUAAUGCAAAUGGCGGUCCAAAAGCACCCCGGAAGUCCGUAGGGCCAGGUACCUUUGUUGCUCCAGACAAUUCAGAGAAGCCAACAGUGAGGAGACGGCCAAGCGCAGGAGGAAGGAAGUCCAGUACGGAAAGCAGCAAGACCUUGUCCCUCAAGCAUUUGUCUGGUCGGGCUGAAGAGAGUGGUGCGGAAGACAUCAAGACACCAAGCACAACCAAAUCAAGAACAUCAUUGGCUCCGAAAAGACAAAAUUCCAAAGAUUUGCUUACCCCCUCAAGGACACCAGAUCCGUCACGGUCGACCUCCACCACAACUCAUCACACACCCACGAGAAGGAGUGGGACACCUGGAAGGACAACCACUCCAGGUGGAAAUGUCGACCGUAACCGUCGGAUAUCCGUCAUGCCCCAUCAUGCGACUGGGCUUGGAGCUCGUACCGUCAGCCCAACUGAUGCUCGCCGCUUGAAACGGAUGUCGAUUGUUCCCCCAGCGCCGCCCUUGCCUCAAAGUCGGAUUUCCCAAGCUCCCCCAACUCCUCAGCCUGAGCCUAUGCCGCAGCUUCCUCAGGCAGAUCUACAAUCCCCUGCCAUCCCGAAUCGCAAGAGCCUGACGCCAUCCUCUUCGAGGACCACCCCAGAUCCCAAUCGAAAAUCCUACAGCUCAGGUCAAUCUUUAUCAUCAAAUACUAGUUAUAACUCUGUCCGAAACGCAAACGCUGUCAGCAACCCUGCCAGACUUCCCCAGCCAGUAAAUUCUUCGAGAUUGCCCACAGCGAAGCCCCGACUUGAUAUUUCCACAACGACAAAUUACGAACUGGAAGUUCCACCUGUACCCGCAAUACCAAAAGCUUAUGAAUCUCCUGGGAGUGAACUGGAUCAGCCCUUCUUCUCGGCAAGGUCUUCCAGUCUUCCACCGUUUGAUGGAGCUAUCUCUGCGAGUCCCGUGGUAUCUACUGUUGCUGAUGCGAUGAAGGCGCUGGAGACACCUCGCGCAUCAAGCAAUACCUCACAUAAUUCUGCGUCUCAGCCUCAACCUCCUACCAUCGAGCCUGAGCCCAAGCCAAAACAACAACUCCAAGCGCAUACGCAGUCUCAGGCAAAAGCGAACAAGAAAUCGCUCCAGACGCUUAGACUACCGCCAUUGAACCUGUUGCCCCUGAGCACACCGACUAGUGCGAAAAUCAGGUCACUGAAUGCUAAGUCUGAACCUGGGGAGCCUCCGGUAACACCACCUGGUAUUCGUAACACCAUGAAAACGCCGAGCACACCUAUGACGGCCUCGAAGGCAAGUUUCUUUUCUAGAGGACACAAAGCGAGCGAUGAGGGCCCGACCAUGCGAAGUAGCACUUCGCAUCAUGCUUUGCGGUCGGAUGAGUUACGACCACCCAGUGAUGUCAGUCCUAGCUUGCCGGUAUUCUCCUUUGAAUCAGACAAAGCUCGCACGAUAUCUCCCUUCGUAUCUUCGUCCCUGCCCAAGAGCAAUGACGAAUUUUCGAAUUAUAUGCGGCCUAACUUCAUCAACGAGCUGAACCGGAAUCCAAGUCAGCCGCGACCGAACGGACCUCGUGCUCCCAGCUUCUCGGUCACACCGAAAGCUGAAGCUGCAGUUAUCCCAAAUCCAGCAGAGAAGCAAACCGAGAGUGAAUCUGUAUUCUCCACAACGUCGCUCAGGAGAAAAUUGAGUCGAAAGCGGAGCGAGCCGAAGUUGCCAGAUACUGUUACGAAGGAGGAUGACUUGUCGAAAUAUGAUAACAUGCCUCCGCCAAAGCUGCCAGCCUCAGCAAGUUGGACAAAUAUCCACAAUGGCGCUGCAAGCCCUCAACGACCGUCCUAUCUCAGGUCUAGGAGACAGACAUCUACUUCAAGUACAAACAACGGUCCCGAACGACAAGGAAGCUUCGAUAGCACCGCAUCGAAUGGGCGUCCAUCUCUCGAUUCUGGGAGAGUGCUCAUGGCUACUUCUAAUCGGUCGGGAUCUGCAUCGACUAGCACCCUUAAUCUUGUUGCUCACAAACCCGUUCAACGACAACAUGAACAGCCUUUGGACCGCGAUGACUUGGUCGCAGAAGAUGAAAUGAAGAAGCUCGCAUCGAAGAGGAAAGAUUUCGAAUCAGCCGCAAGGGAGUUAGACAGUCUUCGAGCCAGAGCUAAACCUGCCACUCGCAUGUCGCACGUCACGGCUUCACGCAUUUUUGACCUGAAUAUCUUUGAGCGAGGCGAGAUUGUUGACUUCGCAGACGUCUACUUCACUGGAACUCUGAACGCCCGGAAAAUUGUGGGAGACCCGGGGUCUGCUUCCACCAAUUUCGGAUAUGAUGAUGAACGCGGAGAUUACAACAUUGUUGAAGGGGACCAUUUGGCCUACCGAUACGAGGUCGUGGACCUUCUCGGAAAAGGGAGUUUUGGGCAGGUUGUGCGCUGUGUUGACCACAAGACUGGGAUUCUUGUUGCGGUAAAGAUCAUUCGGAACAAGAAGAGAUUCCAUCAACAGGCUCUUGUGGAGGUCAACAUUUUGCAAAAGCUCAAGGAGUGGGAUCCUCACAAAAAGCACAGCGUUGUCAAUUUUGACCAAAGCUUUUAUUUCCGCGGCCACCUCUGCAUCUCCACCGAUCUCCUGGGUAUGAACCUGUACGAAUUCAUCAAAGCGCACGAUUUCCGAGGAUUCUCGUUGAAACUGAUCCGGCGAUUCACAAAACAACUUCUUCAAUGUCUGGUCCUUCUGCAACACCACAAGGUUAUCCAUUGCGAUCUCAAACCGGAAAAUAUCCUCCUCGCGCAUCCCGUCCAUUCUGAAAUAAAAGUGAUUGAUUUUGGUUCGAGUUGUUUCGAGCACGAGAAGGUGUACACUUAUAUCCAAUCCCGGUUUUAUCGGUCCCCCGAAGUCAUUCUGGGGAUGUCUUAUGGCAUGCCCAUCGACAUGUGGAGCGUCGGCUGCAUCCUGGCCGAGCUUUACACCGGCUACCCAAUCUUUCCCGGUGAGAAUGAGCAAGAGCAGCUGGCUUGUAUUAUGGAAGUGUUUGGUCCACCGGAGAAGCAUCUCAUUGAGAAGAGUAGUCGGAAGAAGCUCUUCUUUGAUUCGAUGGGUAAGCCUCGCCUGACGGUAUCUUCUAAGGGAAAGAGAAGGCGACCGAGCUCCAAGGAUUUACGACAAGUCUUGAGAUGUGACGACGAAGCAUUCCUCGAUUUCAUUACUAAGUGUUUGAAAUGGGAUCCGACACGAAGAAUGACCCCUCACGAGGCGAACAAGCAUGAAUUUAUAACCGGGAUCAAAAUGAGCUCGAGCGCUGCCAGGCGAAACACCCAGUCUGCGGUGAACUCUCCGGUCAAGAGAGGGAACUCCUUGACAACCGCAAUGGGCGCCAGACCGCUACCACAACCUCCCACAACUCUGAAAGCCCCAAUCUCGAGUCGGCAGGAGACCUCACCUAAUAAAGCAGGAGCGCGGCGUCAAUCAACCAUGCCUGGGUCGUUUCAAGCAACGUCACAAGCCAAGCGCGCGUCCCACGCAGCGAUGACUUCGUCGGCGUCCAAUCCGAAUCUCACGAGGCUGACGGUCGGCCAAAGGAGCAUGAGUAACAGAUCCGACUUAGCCGCUGCCGCCGCCGCCGCCAGUCUCGUGAAGUAAUGAUGUGAUCCUGAGUGGCUAUCCUGGAACCACCUACCCUCUGUUAUUGAUGGAUGCUGCCUCUUUCUAGAUCAUGUGGUGCAGAUGGAACGGGGAGAUGUGGACGAAGACGAAUUUCUUACUAUCAUUAAUGAACAUAUAAAAGCCUUCAGCAUAGCACAAGCAUUGGGGAUGGACCUGGACCGGGCACAGGAUGAUGAUGGCUCCGGAAAUUGGCGCAUGGCACCGCCAUGUGUUUGGCCGGCUUGGGCAGAGCAUUUGCUGAGUCUUUAAUACUGUAUACCACGAAUGAAUCAGAAUCAUUGAGGUGCCUG